AUUAAUGUUGUACACAGCAUAGACAUUCAUGAUACACAGUCUUUAGUUUGACGUUUGGUGCUUUUAUUUUGAAAUUUAGUUUCCGGAAACGUUUCAUUCUUUUAUUUUAAUUUAUUUAUUUUUACUGUUUUCUUAAUUUUCAUUUUUUCCUACUAUUUUGUGAUAUUUUAGAAACGUUUCCGGUCACGUUCAUGAUUAGAGCUUUAGAAACUCGCUGAUUGGUCAGUUUUUAACUGACAAAGACCCAGCGCUGACUAAUCAGAGGGAGCCCCUCCCCCUGACGUCACUUCAUGUCUUUUCCGGUUGCUUGAGCGAAAUCAUCAGCUGAUCCUGGCUCUGCAGAGGGUGCGUUCAGGGUGCGUUCAGGGUGAUGAUGUUGUGCGUGUUGGUGUGUGCGUCGCUGCUUGGUCUCGUCCAGACCAAACCUCCAGGACUGGACCGACACUCCCUUAAACUACAGCAGAGGCUGGACCCUGAAGUGCACAUGAACGUGUCGGAGAUCAUCAGGAGGUGGGGUUACCCUGCAGAGGAACACCAGGUGCUGACGGAGGACGGGUACAUUCUGACCGUCAACCGGAUCCCACACGGACUCAAGAACACCGGCUCAGGUCCGAGGCCCGCCGUCUUCCUCCAACAUGGCCUCCUGGCGGCCGGCAGUAACUGGAUCACCAACCUGCCCAACUGCAGUCUGGGAUACGUCCUGGCCGACGCCGGCUACGACGUGUGGCUGGGAAACAGCCGCGGAAACACCUGGUCCAGGAAACACCGGACGCUCAGCCCGGACCAGGUGGACUUCUGGAGGUUCAGUCAUGACGAGAUGGCGUUGAAGGACCUGCCGGCCGUCAUCGACCACAUCCUGAAGACCACCGAGCAGGAGCAGAUCUUCUACAUCGGACACUCGCAGGGAACCACCAUCGCAUUCAUGGCGUUCUCCACGUUGCCUGAACUGGCCAGUAAGAUCAAGCUGUUCAUCGGUUUGGCUCCCGUGGCAACCGUAGCGUUCACGAGUAGCCCCAUGACCAAACUGUCCAUCCUGCCAGAGUUCGCAAUCUGGGAUCUGUUCGGUCAGAAGGACUUCCUUCCUCAGAGCUACAUGAUCGAGUGGUUUGCUGAGAACAUUUGUGGGAAACAUCUGGGCAGUGAGUUGUGUGUCAACAUCUUCUUCGUCCUCUGCGGCUUCAACGAGAAGAACAUUAACAUGACCCGGACACCGGUCUACACCACCCACUGUCCAGCAGGAACCUCCGUCCAGAACAUGAUCCACUGGAGCCAGGCCGUUCAUGGAGGGAAACUGAUGGCGUUUGACUUUGGACGUGAAGGAAACAUGAAACAUUACAACCAGUCCACUCCUCCUGUGUACCGUGUCCAGGACAUGAAGGUUCCUACUGCUCUGUUCUCUGGGGGACAUGAUACGCUGGCGGACCCAAAGGACAUCUCCGUCCUCCUCCCUCAGGUCUCUAACCUGGUCUUCCACCAACACAUCAAGUCCUGGGACCACCUGGACUUCAUCUGGGGUCUGGACGCUCCUCAGCAGAUGUUCCCGUCCAUCCUGCAGCUGCUGAAGGAGCACAGCUAGGAGGCGCCGCCGCCGUCUACGAGGACCGGCUCUGAGGCCCUGAAGCUGCUGCAGGUUCACGUGAUGCGUUCAGGUGCUCAACGGCCGUGGACUUGUGGUCUGUGACUGAAUGGAACAGUAACAGUGUUAAAUUCCUCUUUUUCAUGUUUCAUUUCCCAUUGAAUGUGACAGAUUCCCUUCAAACGCAGCUGUCAAUCAAUGUGCAGCGUCCAGUCAUGAAGCAGGAAUCCCAGUGGGCGUGGUCAGACGUUAACCUUUAACCUCCUCAGACCCAGGACACGUCAGCAAAGUACCAGCUUUUUUUGUUUUUUAUUAAAUCAGUGCCUAUAUUGGAAACAUCAUGAUGCAACAGUUUUUUCAGAUGCAGUUUUUACAAUU